CUGUAUGCCCGGGUGUAUCGUGUCGUGGUCGUGUCGUGUGGUCGUCGCUCGCCAUAUGUUGACCCUGGCAAUAAACUUCAAUCUCCCAACACAAGCGGCCUAGCGGUACGAGGUGAGGUUAGUGCGAACUGUACUCUACAGCUACAUGUUCCAGAGUCGUGUAUGUGUGUCUGUUGUUCCCUCGUAGCUCCGUCCCUGUCGGACCAUUCAUGUGUACAGUACAGGUGUCUGUGUGUCCCUCCACCCGCCGGCACGAGGCCUCACGACUCACGUCCAAGCCAGUCUCGCUCGCUGAGCGCCACAUCGAACGAUCAUAUGGUCGGUAUGAUGUGGUUCAAGAGGGACGCUAAGGUCCCCGAGAAGGACAACGUUGUUAAUAAACUGAAGAAGAAGAAACCGGUUCUGUUGAAACCGACCCGCGAGUCCAGUGAGAGGGAAACCUCGGCCGAAAGUGACAAGGAGAAGAGACGGUACUCUGAUAUACUGGACAUGAGGGUGUCGCUCGAGCGGAGAGACGAGAGCGACGAGUCGCUGUACGAGUCGGCGGACUGCCACAGUGACGCUAUCUCGGCCAGCGACGACGCUCUGCCUGCACUGGGGAAGACACCCACCAUCAGCAAGGAGUCGCUCAAACUAGCGGUCACCGAUGAAGAGGGGGAGCUGUCCAGGAACAGGCGGGGACACAGGAAGACGAUGUCACUAUCAAACCCUUUGGAGAUAGUGAAGACGUGGGGAGACGAGUGGUUCGACCACAAACAGAGAGAGAUAGACAAGAACUGUGACAAGAAGAAGUCUAGGGAGAGUCUGUGGAGUGAGGAGGACAGAGAGUCGAUCUACGGCUCCACCGCCAAGCUGGACCAGACCAGGAAGAACAGCAAGAAGGAAGACAAGCAUAGUGACAGCAGCAGAAAGAGCAGCACCACCGAGCCUCCCAAACGGAAGACCAGUAAAGUGUCCUCGGUCGGUGCGCUUAACUUCCUGCGACGAAAGAAAACACCGACCUCGAUGAAGGCUGUAGAGGCGGUCGUAGAAGUAGUCGACGGAAUAGUUAACACUGAUGAGAUACUGAACCGAACCAAGUUCUUCUUGGAGGAAGAGAAGAGAUUCUGUUCAGUGAGCCAGGGGAAGCCUCCCGUAGAUACAGACUCGGAGGAAGAGAUGCCGCCUCCGAAGGUCAUAGGAGAACAUAGGAGACGGUUGAGUAGACAGACGUCGAGAAGUAAGAGUAAAGUUAGAGGGAAGAGUCAGAGCGUUAAAGUGAAUACGUUAAGGAAGACGCACAGUGCGACCUUGAAGAAGGCCAAGAAGAAGAAUGGAAAGGUUCCUCUCGCGAGUAGAAGCAGACAGGCGAGCAUCGUAGACCAGAGUGUGGUCGUUAAGAAGAGUCCGGAGACAGCGAAGCAGAACUCGUGGCUGUUCAGCGGGAAAGGUGAUUCACGGAGAGAGGGCUCCACUGACGAGCCGGCUGCGGGAGAUGUAGAUGGAGACGCAAACGACGCGCCGCGGGAGAUUGAGAAGGAGAACAAUGUGAAGAGCAGCACCCGCGGCGUGAACCGCGCGGAGAGUUGCAGAGAGAGAGAUGCGCCCAGGAGAGGGAAACACAGGAACGCAUCCGACCCGAAUAGACUGACGGCGCAUCAUCAUCAGUGA